GGCAAGUUAGGCUGCAGAGACAGAUGCAAAGUGGGAACUUUGCUCCUUGAAGUGUUUGUUUUUUUGUUGGUUCUGAGACUGAGUACACACAGCUAUAGGGUAUUUACACACGGCCCACAGACCAAGCAUGCCCCGAGUCCAUUUCAGUGUCAGACAGUUCUGACAUGAUGGAAACAAAUGCAGUUUUAAUUUUUCUACUGGCACUGGGAUGGAGCCAGACCCUCCAGGGGCUUCCAAUUAUUCCAGAUCCUCUUUACCCCACACAGGAGAACUUUGUUUUGACGAAGUUUUUGGGAACAUGGUAUGACGUUGCCUUGGCAACUACGAGUCCUGACCUCCCAAAGUACAAGCAAAAUACAGCUAUAGGUAAACUGCUGGUGCAGAAAAGUGCUGUUGGCACGAAGCUCAAGACGACCCGAACUGUGCUCAGAUAUGGGACGUGUAGGGAGGUUGUUCAAGAUCUUAAGAUGACCAGCACCCACGGACGAUUUUUCUACAAUGUUAACCGGACGGGAGCUGAUGUGGACGCCUAUGUGCUCCACACAAACUACGAUGAAUACGCUGUCAUGAUUAUGAUCAAGAUUAGGGUCACGGGUGAAAGGAUAACUACACUCAGGCUUUACAGUCGAACCAUGACUGUGAGGCCCACUGUGCUGGAAGACUUUAAAACACUGGUCAAAGAGCAGCAACUGGGUGAAGACAACAUCAUCAUCAAAGAAGACAAAGGUAUAUGCGUUCCUGGAAAGCCGGUCACAGAGCCAGAAUCCCAGCAAAAGCCUCAGAGGUGGAGGAGACAGGUGGUGCCCUCUUUGUCUCCAGCAGACUUGGAAGCUUCUGGGGACGAGGCUACCUCUCUGUUCAAUGAUACUGAGGCGUGUGCAAAAGCUCCAGAUUCUGGGCCGUGUUUCGGGAUGGUUCAGCGUUAUUUCUACAACCCCACCAAGAUGAGCUGUGAGAUCUUCAACUACGGAGGCUGCCUUGGCAACCAGAACAACUUCGUAACUGAAAAAGAGUGUCUGCAGAGAUGUCGCCCUGAGGCUGUGUGCCGCCUCCCCAUGGACGCCAAACCCUGUGUGGGGUCUCCACCUAUCUGGACAUUUAAUUCCACCUCUGGUCUGUGCGUGCCCUACAAACAGGGCUACUGCCAAGCCAAUGGGAACAAGUUCUACAGCAAGGCGGAGUGUGAUGAAUACUGUGGGGUGAUAAAAGCUGAAGAGCUUCUGACGUCAAAUUAAGCAGAAGCUUAAUCUUCUGAUGCAAAAAAGAGACAGAAAAAAACUGCAAAGAACGACGCCAUAUCUUUAAAUAAGAGCCAAAGAUCACAAAUAAAGAAAUGUCCAAACUUU